AAGGAAACAUCCCUCCUUCACUUGGCCACCGUCUCACGACGACGGCUGCCUGACCUGAACAUCCCUGUCGGACCCGGUGUGGCAGUGUGUCCAUUCAUGGCUGACUCCGCUCGGUCUAACCAGACCAGCAUUGUGACGGCGAAGGACGGCUCACCUAAGGGUAGCGGCGACCUGACUGCCUUUGUGGUGCUGCCUAUUUUCUUCCUGCUGGGUUUGCUGGGUGUGUUGAUCUGCUACAUCCUGAAGAGGAAGGGAUACCGUUGCACAACAGAUUCAGAAGAUGAAGAGGAAGUCCAGAGUGACCCCCAGCUGGCCACUGAGCUCAACGACACGUUCAGUGAAAACGAUGACACAGUUGGACAGAUUAUUCACUGCAUCAUGAAAAAUGAAGCCAACUCUGAAGCUCUGAAAGCCAUGAUUCAUGACAACAGCAUCGACUCUGACGGCCCUCCCCUCACCCCCGUCUCCCCGGGCAGCCCAAGUCCCCCGCUGACUCCCAUAUCACCGGGGGCACCACCUGGCGCUGCCAAGCACACUUGCAGCCACCUGCACACGAUCGGGGGUCUUGGUGGUCACAAGAACAUCUGCACGCGCUGCAGCCAGAAGAAAUGGCCGCUGAUGAGGAAACCACAGCCGCGCAAGCCGGACCAGCGGCGCAGCCACCAUGGCGAGGUCACUGUCCUGACUGUGGGCAGGUUCCGCGUGACUAAGUCGGACCACCGAGAACGCUCCUCCGCCUCCUACAGAAACAGCUCCAAAGAUUCAGAAGACGUCUGAGUCCGAGGAGGGGAAAAAACAUCCAGUCCCUUCUUCAUCACGGGCGGUGAUGCUGGCCGAGUCCAUCAGGAAGUCGACUGUGGAUGAGCUGCUCAACAGGUGGAGCACCGGUGACCACCGAAGAUGGGAACUCCCCAAGACAUUCGUGCUCAUCUGCUGCGAAGCAGGCAGCUGCUUAACAAUCAUGGGAUUUCAAUUCCAAGCUCUCUCUCUGAUGAAUCCUACAUGUGUGCAGAGAUGAGGAGCGUUUCAUCAUACAGUGGCAGGUUCUUGUUCCCAGACAGGAAGCCGAGCUACCUGCAGGCUAGUUGGCAGACCAAAGCAGUUGGGGAUCUUUGCUAACACUACUGUUCAUUUCAGUCACUACCAACUGACAUUAAAACAUUUCUUUAGGGGCAGCACUGAAGGGCAUGUGAUGGUAUAUAGAGCUGGAUUUUAACGCAUAAUCUGAGAUGUUAUGUUUUUAGAGUUGUUGUUUAACACAGAAUUCAAUGUUUUACUUAACUUGGACUGCGCAACAAAGAAAAGGGCGCUUGUUAGUUGCUGAAAAAGUACAGAUGUUUACAUUUGGAAUUGUUGCAGCUCUAACCAUUUCUGGCGCCAAGCAGCAGGAGGCAGCAGAUUUGUUUUUGUGUGCCGUUAAUGUUUCUAAGAAAUGACCCUUGUUCCUGGAGCAGCUGGGCCUUAUCCUGCCUCCCCUGGAAUCCUGUGUGCCUCCCGUCACUGCACGUUUUAGUUCCCAAACAGGAAGCAGGAACUGCCUGAUGGAGCGUUCGCAGGCCUGUUAGUGGAGUUCUGCAAAUAUUGGCUUGAUGCAGACAUUGUUCAUUUGCUUUUUGUCGAAAGUUGGUUCCCUUUUUACAGGAUUAUAACUAAGUUAAUAAAUAUGGAUGAUUUCAACACCAGGGGCAGCAAAUUUAAGUGUGUAUAGAACGUGUUUUGUGUUUGUUUCUAUUGUAUCGCAACAUUGAAAGUUGACUCACCAAUAUCACAACACUGUUGAAGGUUGUGAAGCAGUCUGUUUCUAUUCAGUUGUUGUUGCCACUGUGACAAAAAAAUGUGUUUAAAUCUCCAUUGGUUUUGUGAUGAACACACCAUGUUUGUCAAAAAAGGCUUACGCCACUGUCUUCAA